AUGAGUCUAGCGCAAGAUCUAGUGGAAGACAUUCUUGAGAGACUCCCGGUGAAAUCUUUACUCAGAUUCAAAUUAGUGUCGAAAACAUGGAAAACUACGAUUGAAUCUCAACAUUUCAAGGAGAGACACAUGAUCCGUCGGCAAUUACGAGAGCCAGAUUUCCUUCUCAUAGAUGAUCAAGAUGAUGAUGAUCUUCUAGACAAUGAAGAGUUGAUGAUUAGGACACUGGUCAUGGAUCCUUACGAUGAUGAAGACCUUGGAGAAGCUGAGCCGGGGUUUUGUAUCCAACUCUCCUUUGAUGAUGUUUCCAGAAGUUGUGACGGCCUCGUGUGCAUCUACGAUUUCCGUAGAUCUAUCCUUAUGGUCAAUCCAAGCACCAAGUGGAUGCGAGAAGUUCCUCGAGCAAAUCUUCAAGCACUUCUUUGCCAAAGGUACGGUGACAACGAACUCUACUUAUUAGGCUUUGGCAAAGACAUACGCACAAAAACAUACAAGUUGGUAUGGUUGUAUAAUUCGUUCGAACUAGAUCUAGAGGGUGCAACUACUUGUGAAGUCUUUGAUUUUAACAUCAAUACUUGGAGGCAUGUGGAAUCUUCUCCUUACCGGAUUCUUGGUGACCAAAACCCUAUAUACGUGGAUGGAUUACUCAACUGGUUCAUCUUCAAAAGCAAUACUGAAAUAAAAAUAAUAUCUUUCGAUUGCCACACCGAGAUAUUUCAAGAAAUUUCAGAAUCUCCGAUAACUCAAUAUGCUGAUGAAUGCCGGAUCAUAAUGUGCAAUCUGAAUAAUCGUCUGUGUGUAUCAGAAAAGAAGUGGCCAACACAAGACAUAUGGACAUUAAAGUGUUCAGACAUGAUGAUGACAUGGGAGAAGAUGUAUUCAUUGAAUCUAUCUUCUUGUCCUGAUGGCUUGCUAAGCGAUGAGAUGUGGCCUAUAGCUUGUCCGCUCGCAGUUCUGAAUAACAAGAAGCUAUUGCUUUUUGAUGAGGAUGAUGAUAAUCCAAAUCUUGUGAUAUAUGACUUGGAAACGAGAUCAUAUUCCUUGUGUGUCGAUGCAGGAUUUGUGGUAUACGUGGCUCCUUAUUUUCAAAGCUUGAUCUCAAUCACUUAA